UCCCUUUCUCCCAUUCACUGUGCAGGAUUCACACUGAAAGGUAAAAGAUGUGAUUCUCACUGCGACUCUUCCUCUCAGAGCGGAUCUCCAUCAGGAUCCUCUGACUGGGAUUUAAACACAGCUGAUGACUGUCUGCAGGCGCAGUGGAAUCAGGUGUUUUCUGUCUGUUCUGGACGCUGUGUAGACCCUCAGGUGAACCUCCGAAGUCUAAAAGGGCCUCUCCACAACAUGCUCCCCUCUCCUCUCCAGUGAACAGGAAGUGAGACCCCCCCUCUCUCUCUCCACCAUGUUUGGAUGUGUCUGAGGAGGUGGAGUUGUGGCCCCUGGAGGCCCCGGGAUGCUGCAGACGGACCCUCACCAUGACUCUGCUGGACCUGUGGUUGUCCCGCUCGCUCCCCAUGGUCCUGCUGCUGCAGAGCCUGGUCCUCAUGGCGCUCUGCUUCCCCUCCGCCUCCAUGUGUCCCAAGGGCUGCCUCUGCCAGAGAGACCCCCACCUGCACGGGCUGAACGUGUCCUGCAGCCAGUCGCGCCUCAAAGAGAUCCCCCCCAGCCUGCCCUCAGACACGGUUCUGCUCAGACUGGACCACAAUCAGAUUGGCGCCGUUCCGGAUCAAGCUUUCCACGGCCUGCGUCUCCUGAGGGAAUUAAACUUAUCCUACAACGCUGUGGAGACUUUAGGCGAAGGAGCGUUCAGCGGCAUCGAGGGAACGCUUCAGGUUCUCGAUUUGUCCCACAACCGCAUCACUAGCGUGCACAAAGACGCCUUCGCCCGUCUGAAGGCUCGCGUCAUCGUGGACGAUAACCCGUGGCAUUGUGACUGCGCUCUGCAACAAGCUAUCGGAGGAAUGGCUCAUAACCACGAGGCGGCAGCGCGAGUUCUCUGCCGGAGCUCAGAGAUCAGAGACCAGGAGGGACAGCCUUUCUUAGCGGUGGACACGGACCUGUGUAACCUCGCCAAAAGGACCACAGACUACGCCAUGUUGGUGACCAUGUUCGGGUGGUUCGCCAUGGUCAUUUCCUACGUGGUUUACUACGUGCGACAGAACCAAGAGGACGCUCGACGACACCUGGAAUAUCUCAAGUCGCUGCCCAGUAAACCCAAGAAACCGGACGAGGUGGACGACAUCAGCACGGUCGUCUGAGAGGUUUCAAACUAAAUAAACCUGCUGUAAGAGGACCCACGUGCACGGGGAAAGAACCUGAACCGUUGACUUUUAUUAAGUGUAUUGUGUCAACGAAUGUCACAUAACAAUAGGCGUCAUUUAUACUGGGGACAGUGGGUCUCCACAACUUCUGGAAAUUGCCAGUUUCAAACUAAAUAAACCUGCUGUAAGAGGAUCCACGUGCAGAAAACACUGAAACGUUGACUUUUUCAUUAAGUGUAUUGGCGGACGACGUCAGCGCGUCGUCUGAGAAGUUUCAAACUAAAUAAACCUGCUGUAAGACGACCCUCGUGCACGGAGAAACACUGAACCGUUGACUCUUAUUAAGUGUGUUAUGUCAACACAUUUCACAUAAUCAUAGGUGUCUUUUAGACUGGGGACAGUUGGUCUCCAUCACUUCUGGAAAUGGCCAGUUUUGUCCCCACCACUUUGCAUUAGGAUUAUUUUAGAUAAGACUUUAUUCAUCCCGAAGGAAAUGGUUGUGCCAGAGUUACAAAAACACAAUAAACACAGCAGCAUCAUAAUAAAACUGUACACUAACAGUGCAGUAAGAAGAGCAAUUAAAUACCUACAAGAAACAUAGACGGUCACAUAAUUAAUACAAAAUACUUUACAGUGAAAAGCAGUAUUUAUUAGUGCAAAACAAAACGUAGUGGCCGAUACGUAAUUGCAUGAUUAUUUGUUAACAUGUUUUGAAGAUAGUGUGCACACUUGAAAAAACUGACAAAGUGCACAAAACUGUAUUCGGUUAGUUGAAAGCAAUACUAUGAACCUCUUUAAAUACUUAAUAUUAUUGCUUUCUGAGGUGGAAAUGCCACUCUCACCUUCUGGAAAGAAAAGAACAAAUAUACAAGCUUAAACCAAAGUUGUGUUAUUUAAUAAAGAGUUAUAGCAUUUAAAGGUCCCCUAUUAUACUGUUUCAUUACUUUAUUAUAGCUCUCAGAUAUAUCCAGAGCCUGUCUCUGAUUGGCUGGAACACCAAACAGAUCAUU